AUGGACCCCGAAAACAUGACGCUAAAGGACGCCAUUGAGGCCACAUCGGACUUUUUCAUUAGACAGCUUCCACAACACAUCAAGAUCGGGCCAACGCCUUUGGGAACAGUUACUCCCAUGACUUUGCCCAUUCGAGAAGUCGAUCCUGGCGUGAAACAAAUGAAACAUUUCUUCGACAUCAUCUACGACCACGAAGGCCCCGUGAAUCAUGAUCAGCUUCAUCCCAUUAUGCGCGACAAAGCAUGGCACGAACUCCCUGAGCCCUUCAAGCUGAAGAAGAACCUCCAGGUUGACUAUACCAUGCAGUUGUUUCUACUACCCCAGCAAAAUGGAAAAUAUUGUAUUGUGAAGCACAUUCACAUCACCAAUGAGAAGAUCAAGGCUUCGACGAUCUGGGAGUACGUCUACGGCACUGCUUAUGAAAUCAUUUGGGGAAAUCAUGACAACAGGCAAGCACGCAAAGGUCUGCAGUGGAUGUUGGAGCAAAUGGGAGGAAUCCAGUAUCGGUUCUUUGCACUUACCCCUAUGGUGAAAAAAACAGCCAAGGCCGUGGUAGAGAAGUCUGAGACGGAACUCGACAAGGGCUUUGAGUUUAUUCGAAUCCACGGGGAAAGGGAUAAAGGUGAUCUCAAACAGUUGGCAUGGAUUCAAGAAGCUAUCUCGCAGGACACCCCCAUCAAGGGAUGGAAAGACAGCCUCGUGCAAAGAUGCUUGGAUAGUCUAGCCACAGACUCCACAACAGCAAAGCUUAUCACCCGGUACGACCUGACUGUCGCUGAUUUCGAGGAGCCGAUUCAGGAGAUCUUGCAGGUUAUCGUUCCUUCGCUUCGUGAUCACGCGCUUUGGAUACUAGGUGAGCCAGGAAAGGGAAAAACUCCUUUGGGUAGGGUGGUGGCGAUGAUGUUCAGCCGAUAUCACGGUGGUCAUGGUACAUACCGCAGUGCAAGCGACUUUGACUACUUCAGAGGCUGCCCCUUUACAAAGGAAAUCCCUGCCAUUUACGAUGAUGGAGAUAUCGGUCCUGAGCCCGUCAAAAAGAAAAAAGCAUUCUCCGACGUUGCCGAUCAGGAAACACUUACGCGGGAGCGGUGGACGGCGGCUAAGUUCCAUCAAAAUCAACUCCGCAUCGUCAUCGAUAAUGCCUAUGACCCCAAGGAGGAGACGAUCAUCGACGUUGGCCCGAACCCGUCCAUUACCCAUGACGUGUUCAUGAAGCUCAUUCGUCCAGCGCUGGGCGAUAUCACUGAGGUGGAUGCAAUGGCUAUCCUGAAGCGUUCGGUCUUCAUCAUCAUCUCCAAGACCACUAUCUAUUGGCGUCUUCCUAGUGCAACUCCACAAAGUGUCCCGUGCAAGACUUGGCAGGUGGACAUCAUCAAAGAGGAAUCCAAGCACAUCUUGGCCAAUUACAAGAAGUCUGGACCUGUCCCCGAUGAUCAUGAUGCUCGAAUACUAUGGGAAAAGUCAUGGCUGAACGAAGCUAUUCGUCAAUGUGAACCACACGCAGAUGAGAUCGACCACAAUGCUGUCCCACCUCCAGCUGUUCGUGUCAAACGUGAAAGGUUGGUUUGGGCGAAGUCGUUGUCUUCAGAAACCCGCGAUCGACCCAUCAAUUUGGAAACCCCAUCGCCAUCACCAAAGAAAAGGGCACGAGGAAGCGAUGACCUCUCCAAUGACCUCCCCAAGGACAUUCCCAAUCCGGACUUCGGCUGCGAGAAUGAACAGGAUUCCGUAGAGGAGGAGCUUGAGCGCCUUGUGAAUGAGCAGCAGGAUGAGGAGAAUGAUGUCAUGGAUGUCGCGUCACCUUCUGGUUGA